GGCGGGAAUCGCGGCUGCCGGAGCCGAGAGAAAGUGGCAUGCCCGAACCCUGGAGACGGAGGUGGCGGAGGACGGGGGAAGAGGAUGCCGCGGCUCCGUAGGGGACGUAGGCGAGAGCGCGCGAGGCGAGUGGGGCGCCCCGGCGCCGGCAGACUGCGAGGAAUCGCGCGCCGCUCCGAGGCUCCGGCCUCCGCACCCCUGCACCCCGACGCUGCGGGCGACAGGGCUCAGCUCCAGCAGCCACCACCGCUGCCGCCGUUGUCUCCGCCGCCACUGGGAGGACCCGGCAAAAGUUUGGAUCUGGGGGAGGGCGCGGCGCUGAGCGGGAUUACCACCAGGGCUGGAAGGAGACCUCGAGAACCUUCGCAGAUUGCAGACUGAGUUGAAUGGACAAGUUCAUGGGCUGAUCAAUGCUGCCCUGACCUGCGGCAGAAGAGGGGAGCUCAACCUGGCCAGGUGCACUGGUGCGGAUACCACUGGUAACCUGGCAUCACCCACUGCCUGUGUGGAAAGCUGAAUUGAUUUGCACAUGGAAGACAGCAGCAGAGAGGGCACCGUAGGCUGAUAAGAGACAGCAAGCAGAUUAUUUUGCCGCAUGCCCUCACGUCAUUUUCCCGAACUGGUGUUCUGAACUUGGACAGAACCCCAUCUAGUCAUUUUGCUUUUGCUCUAUUGUUUUGUUUUGUUUUAUUAUUUUCCCCAAUACGUUGUAUUUUAUUUCUGUGCUUCAGAAAUGGGCCUACGGAUCACAAAGUGGCCCAGACACGGGGCUUUGUUUCUGAAAUCUUGGCUCAUCAUUAUCGUGGGGCUAAACUCACAGGUGUCCAAACUCCUGGCCUGCCCUACUGUGUGCCGCUGCGACAGGAACUUUAUCUACUGUAAUGAGCGAAGCUUGACCUCAGUGCCUCUUGGGAUUCCGGAGGGCGUAACCGUGCUCUACCUCCACAACAACCAAAUUAAUAAUGCUGGAUUUCCUGCAGAACUGCACAGCGUACAGUCAGUGCACACGGUCUACCUGUAUGGUAACCAACUAGAUGAGUUCCCUAUGAACCUGCCCAAGAAUGUCAGAGUGCUCCAUUUGCAGGAAAACAACAUUCAGACCAUUUCGCGGGCUGCUCUUGCCCAGCUCUUGAAGCUUGAAGAGCUACACCUGGAUGACAACUCGAUCUCCACAGUGGGGGUGGAGGAUGGGGCCUUCCGGGAGGCUGUUAGCCUCAAAUUGUUGUUUUUGUCCAAGAACCACCUGAGUAGUGUGCCUGUUGGGCUGCCUGUGGACUUGCAAGAGCUCAGAGUGGAUGAAAAUCGGAUCGCUGUCAUAUCUGACAUGGCCUUUCAGAACCUCACGAGCCUAGAACGGCUGAUCGUGGAUGGGAAUCUCCUGACCAACAAGGGCAUUGCAGAGGGCACCUUCAGCCAUCUCACCAAGCUCAAGGAAUUUUCCAUCGUACGUAAUUCACUUACCCAUCCCCCUCCGGAUCUCCCAGGUACGCACCUGCUCAGGCUCUAUCUGCAAGACAACCAGAUAAACCACAUCCCUCUCACAGCCUUCUCGAACCUCCGUAAGCUGGAACGGUUGGAUAUAUCCAACAACCAACUGCGAGUGUUGACUCAAGGGGUUUUUGAUAACCUCUCCAACCUGAAGCAGCUCACUGCUAGAAAUAACCCUUGGUUUUGUGACUGCAGUAUUAAAUGGGUCACAGAAUGGCUCAAAUACAUCCCCUCAUCUCUUAACGUGCGGGGUUUCAUGUGCCAAGGUCCUGAACAAGUCCGGGGGAUGGCCGUGAGGGAGCUGAAUAUGAAUCUUUUAUCAUGUCCCACCUCAACCCCCAGCCUGCCUCUCUUCACCCCAGCCCCAAGUACAGCUUCUCCUACGACUCAGCUUCCCACUCUCUCAGUUCCAAUGCCAAGCAGGAGCCACACACCUCCAGUUCCUACCACAUCGAAACUCCCCAAGAUUCCCGAGUGGGAUGGUAAUGAAAGAGUGACCCCUCCUAUUGCUGAACGGAUCCAACUUUUCAUCCAUUUUGUGAAUGAUACUUCCAUUCAAGUAAGCUGGCUCUCCCUCUUUACCGUGAUGGCAUACAAGCUCACCUGGGUGAAAAUGGGCCACAGUUUGGUGGGCGGCAUCGUUCAGGAACGCAUAGUCAGCGGGGAGAAGCAGCACCUGAGCUUGGUCAACUUAGAGCCCCGAUCCACCUAUCGGAUUUGUUUAGUGCCACUGGAUGCGUUUAACUACCGUGCUGUGGAAGAUACCAUUUGUUCCGAGGCCACCACCCAUGCCUCUUACUUUAACAAUGGCAGCAACACUGCUUCCAGCCACGAGCAGACGACUUCCCACAGCAUGGGUUCCCCUUUUCUGCUGGCAGGCUUGAUUGGGGGUGCUGUGAUAUUUGUGCUUGUGGUCUUACUCAGCGUCUUUUGCUGGCACAUGCACAAAAAGGGGCGAUACACCUCCCAGAAAUGGAAAUACAACCGUGGCCGGCGGAAAGAUGACUACUGUGAGGCGGGCACCAAGAAGGACAACUCCAUCCUGGAGAUGACAGAAACCAGUUUUCAGAUCGUCUCCUUAAAUAACGAUCAGCUCCUUAAAGGAGAUUUCAGACUGCAGCCCAUCUACACCCCAAAUGGGGGCAUUAAUUACACAGACUGCCACAUCCCCAACAACAUGCGAUACUGUAACAGCAGCGUGCCCGACCUGGAACACUGCCACACGUAACAGCCACAAGUCCAGCAUCCGCUAGGUGGACAGUAAAACUCUUGCAAACACGCACGUGUGCUUAUAGAGACACACAGAUUACAUUUGAUAAAUGUUACACAAAUGCAUUUGUGCAUUUGAAUACUCUGUAAUUUAUACGGUGUACUAUAUAAUGGGAUUUAAAAAGUGCUAUCUUUUCUAUUUCAAGUUAAUUACAAACAGUUUUGUAACUUUGCUUUUUAAAAUCUUAAAAAAUAUAUAUAGUUGAUGAAGUACUGUACAGGGUUGUACAAUGAAAACCCGACGACAAGGUGAAAGAAUGCGUGAUGUUUCCAUAUGAGAUGCACAUUAACCACUUUGCUGUUGACGCUGUCUGAAUAUAUUCCUUUCAUAGAGCUGGUGGUCAGGUGAAAGGACCGAUUAAAAUGGACUCAUCGGGGUAAGAUUAAUCCCAUGGGUAAAAGAAGAGAUGACCCAGAUAUUUCUGUGCUCUGUCUAUACUUCCUGGUCUGGAAGAAAAGUGAAAAAUUCCAUAGGGCAUGCAUGGUGGUAGUUACCCUGAUUAGACUGCACUCAGAAGAUGCGCAAAACAUCACAAGGAAGCUGGGUUCCCUUGAGAUCAUUUAACCCAACCUGACAGAAUCAGAAACUGGAAAUGAGUUUUGGCAGGAUGCUAAAGCUCAGGGGUUAGCUUUCCGAGUGAGAACUGAAUAACAUCCUUUGUGCUUCCCUGACCUUAUGUGAUAACAGAAUUAAAAGCUUGAGUCUGAUUUUGGUUGUCUUCAGGGACCAGUGUGAUGUGGUAGCAAGAAAACUCUCUUGAAAAGUGUUACUAUUCAAAUCAUAUGUCAGGUUGAAUCACAUCCAACAGAGAUAUAUUCUAGAAUACUUUUUUAGAAGAGGCUAAUAAAAUAAUGGGAAGAAUUAUAUUGAAUGGGAUUAUUUUUGAUAAUGAGAAUUAUUUGGGUAGUGUCACUGAAGCUAUAUCAACAUGGUAUUUAGAUCAACAAGGUAGCAAUGUUUGGAAUGCAUGCCAAUGGCAUGUUACUUAAAACUCACUGAUACUAGUUAGAAACAACUCAUCAGUGAUUCUGUUAAGCAGUAUCAACUGGCUUUCUUAGUAUCAUGUUGAAGUAGCUCAAAUUAACGUCUUUAUCCCCUUGCAAAUUUUUGUCUUCCAGUCAUCCUGCAUAUAUUUUUGUAAUUAGUUGUUGGUGCCUCUUUUGUUUACCCACCCUCUGCUCAGUAUUUCAAGGAAAAAAAAUAUGGUUACCAGUCAUGGUUGAACAAAAUAUCCAUAUGUACUCAAACACUUUAAACUGUAUACCAGUUUUCACUGCUAAUAAUUCUGUAAGGACACAUCCACGCUGGCCAGAUGAGUACAUAUUUUUUAAAGCAAUCCUGAAUUUUCAACUUGGAUUCACUUUGAUCCAGUUCCACUUUUGGAAUUUCAUUUGUUCCUUUUAAAUGGUGAAUGUUUUUCUACUUUGGGAAAUAAUGGAGGCAUGAUCAAGCUUACAGUCUUCACAGAGCCGGAAAAGGAGCAGAGGGCUUAGAAAAGAGAGGGAUGUCCACGUUUAUUUCUAGAUAUUUUCAAAGUAAUGUCCAUACUCAGAAGACAUAUUUCAUCGACUCUUUUCCAUGUCAUCCCUUAGAUGUAGAAGGGCUAAAACUCCACCUGUUAUCUUAAAAAAAAUGAAUAAAACUUUGAUGGAUUCUUUUUCAAAUCAAAUAUAGCCAUUUCACUCUGUGAGGCAUAUUUGCUCUACCACCAACGAUUACAUUAGAGACUCAUAAAGUAAAUGUCGCAAUCAUCAUGCUUUCUCUCUCUCUCUAAACAAAAUAAAACUGUGAUGUGUCUUCUUUGUAAACGUUUAGCUAUGAAAUGCUAUGCAAGUUUUUCUUUAUAGUAAGAGCUUUAUUUUCUUUAAUAAUGUAUCCCAACAUAAUAUGUUUUAAUCUUCCCCAUCAGAGUAAGCAGAAAAUAUAACUGAAGCUAUUAUGCUGUAAACACAGUAAUUGACACUAAGCUGUCAGUAGAGCUGAACUUAGCUACGAAUUAAUUUAAAUCUAUUUUAAGGUGACUCUAGUUUUCCUAUUAGUCUGUUAGCUAGAAGGUUUUGGCUGUUGUUUCUUUAAAGCUAAGGCCCACGUAGGGAAGGGAUCAGACAAUCCAUGAAGGUGAUCCAUGCAGCAGUAAGCCAUUUAAAUCAGAAACUGAAAUGGGGAUUUAUGUACCUAGAUAAUUCCCUUCCUCUGUCCUCAUCCCCUUGGCUGUGUAGAUAAAAGUGUAUGUUCAAAUGAUGGUACGUUGACUUUUGAUUUUUUUUGCUUCUGUUAUUCACAAAAGAAUCAUUCUCAUUUGUUUGUGUUUUUUUACACUCCCAGUGGAAUUUUUGUCUCAUGAAAGCGUUUUUGCUUUGGGCCAUAAAUAAUAAGGAUGGAGAUAUUUAUGUUAUGUCCUGGGAUUCACAAAAUCCUUUGGGAUUUAAGUAGUAGAAAGGUGACCCAGUUAUAUUAAGUGGUUAGAAUGAUCCAAAAAAGUUCCUCUUCUACAAAGUGUCCUAAUGGGACAGAAUCUUAGUGACAGGCUUUAUUUUGAUGUCAUGCACAAUUCACUCAAAGUUGCCCAAAUUAUCCCCGGCCUCUCAUCUGUAGUAGUGUACCUGGAAUCCUCAACUGCGUCAUGAUAGAAAGCACAUAAUUGAAUCGGUGAUGUCUGAUGUAUCUUAGAAAAAUUUUAUUGCUGGGACAUCCUGGUGAAUUAUGCAUUUAUUAACAUUUCUAGUCCUAGGAAUGUGUUUUGCAGAUAUAAUUGUAUUGUGAGUUGAUUAACUCAUAGUGAAGGUUGAAAAUAUAGGAAAUACCGUGGAGUAAAGCCAUGGUUUGCUGGCUUGCUCAUAACUUGGUGUUAUCAUACCAAGUGAGAAUUUGUGACAAUAUAUGACCACUUUCAGAGCUUAGUCACUGCUACUGUAAAAAUGACACUGCGAAAUGCAAAGGCAUAGCCAUGGCCACACAGGUAUCAUUGAUGGUUAUAUCACAACCCUGGUAGUUGUUAAUGCUACAGUGAUGUUUGACCAAGAAUAGAUGAAAAACUUCCCAAGAAACGUUCAGAUACGCCUACAGCCAACCAUGUGAGUCAGUCACAGGCAGAGACAAGGAGAGGAAUCUGUCCCCUUCCUAUUUUCUUUAUGCAACAAAUAGAAAACACUCUCCCUUGAGAAAAAUAAUGGAAUUUAUAAUUACCUAGAUGUUUGUUGAAAAGGUAUUAGGCAUUUUCUCUGAGGCUAAAACGAAAAGUAUAGCAUGACCAGUCCAAUUAAAAAAUUUUAAUGAAAAAGUUAACAUCACAGCUCCGUUUCCUACUAGUGUGAAUCAUAAUGGUCUUACUGAUUUCACACAAGUCAGAACUUACUUCCCACUGAGUAAACAAGUGCUUCAUAUUGUGAGCGAGGCAUCCAUUCAAAACACAAGACAGUAUUAUGGUCCACAGGGAGCAGAUGCUGCUCUUGAUUAGCAAAGCUAAGCUGCAGAAUGCAGUGUAGCUCUCGAACGGGAAAGUGGCUAGUUUCCACUAACGUCUUUACUCAAA